AUUAGAGAAGAACCCGUCCAGAAGACCUAUACAAUUUUUUUUCUUUUUGUUUUUUUAACUUGUUUCGAUGCCCCUUUCUUUGCGUAUUGGUCUGCUAACUCAUUUCCUUCAACCCGUAUGCGAGAUGGAACCCAUAAAAACACAAUUUCCCUUCUAAUUUGGAAUAAUCUAUAUAAUGUUUGUUGAAUUUCAUAAAUAAUAUCCUGUCUUGACUCUGACUUCAUGUUCUGAAUGCUUGUUAAUGYACUGCAGGAAUCAGAAACUAUUAACACUUUUUCUAAACCAUUUUCCUCAAUCCAGGUUAAUGCGACAAGAAGCUAAAAGUUCACCUGUAUAAACUGCUAAGUUAUCAUUAGUCCUAUUAUUUUUUAUAAAGCCCAAAUUUGGUAUCAGAAAUGCAAUACCAGCUUAAUUAUCACUAGUUCUAGAUGCAUCUGUAUAUACAGCCAUGUACUCUGAAUAAUAUUUUCUGAUUUAACCCUCAACAACGUUACCACUGUAAGAUUGACAUUUUAACAGAUUUGCAUCUACACUUGCUUCAUUAYAACACCAAGGAGCAAYAGCAGCAAUAGGAACUGUCAAACUUGAUGUCAAUUCUUGAAGAUCAACCUCUUCUACAGUUGUUGAGGAUUGUAGCAGUACUUGUUAGGAGCUGGGACAAAAGGUCAGAAUAAGGGUCGUAUAAACAUCUGGUAAGAAAGUUCUGUAAAAGGUGAGAUCAUCAAACAGUCUACAAAUAGAUUUAAUAAGUGUACUGGGUGCUCUUAAAUUUCCAGCCCAAUUCUUGGAAGUGACCACCCUUCCUGGGUACGUAGAAUUUGUGUUGUGAAAACAGUUUGGGAAUAAAAGGGUCUGGUUUCUAAAUACGUCAGUUCAGCUGGGAUGAUUCUGUCGGUUGUAUUGAUCUGUUGAACUCAAUAAAACUCCCUCAUCGGCUGGCCAAAAGCGACGUCUCCUCAUCUUUAUUUCAUCUUCACAGUCAUUUUCACCACCCACCCAAAACUAGAGAACUUAUUUAUUGUCCUCUCCUGACAAGGAUGUAGAAUCUUUUGUACUAAAGAUGCUGGUUGAACGGUGACAGGAAGUAGUUCGGUUACUUAAAUCUUGUGAUGCUGUAUUUCUGAGUGUUUUAUGUGCUGCAGAACAGGAACCUGCUGUAAAACAGCAAUUAUGCUGAGUCAGGCUUGAUUUUUAGUGAUCUUUUCCUGUUAAAYCAACAAAUCAAAUCAAAUCCCUCCGCGCACAUCAGCAGGGUGUUUAGCCCUACCUAUUGUCCUGGAAGCGGUACUGCAUUGCAUAUUCCUUUUAAAAGACUCAAACUAUCAUGUUGUAAAACAUCCACUUCUGAAGUUGUUGCUUUUGGAUUUUCUCUCUUUAGAAGAAUGUUCUGGUUGUUGUWCAAAGCUGCACUUUAAUACUUAAAGUCAACUGCUGCUACACAACAAGUCAGGAGAGUUUGCGUCUCCGUACUUUGUUAAUCCAACACCGAUUGUGGUUCAGUCAUCACUGUCAUCAGUUAAAACUUUAGUUCAGUGCUUUUAUGUCAAAGUUAGAAACCAGCUUUUAAUCCACGUGAGCAGAAAAUCCUUUUUUGUGUACAAACUGCCAGCUGGGAACAGAGCUGGUUGGUAUGUAAUAAUCCACAUUCACCCCCCACCUCUGUGCAGCCAGGUUUUAGUUUCACAACACGGCCUCUCUGCACUUUUAUUCUGAUUUUUUUAAAGGAUCUGCAGAGUUUUCACGCUCUUACUUUUCAUUUAAACACCUGUACUGUUUUUGUUUUUGAUUUUUGAACUCCUUGGAAAAUGGGGGUUGAAUCUGAGGUCAAUACUUCGAGUGAUGCUGCACCGUACGGAGGGAAAAGUGCUUUUACUCAGAUGGAGCACAACAUCGUGGCUGGAUAUCUGAUAACUGCAGGUGUCAUCAGUUUAACAAGUAACAUUGUGGUGCUGAUGAUGUUCGUGAAGUUCAGGGAGCUCCGCACAGCCACCAACUUCAUCAUCAUCAACCUGGCCUUCACCGACAUCGGAGUGGCCGGAAUCGGUUAUCCCAUGUCGGCCGCCUCAGACAUCCACGGCAGCUGGAAGUUCGGCUACACCGGCUGUCAGAUCUACGCGGCUCUCAACAUUUUCUUUGGCAUGGCCAGCAUCGGCCUGCUGACUGUGGUGGCCAUCGAUCGCUACCUCACUAUCUGCAGACCAGACAUAGGACAGAAAAUGACAGUGAGGUCGUACAACAUUCUGAUUCUGGCUGCCUGGCUGAACGCAGUGUUCUGGUCCUCCAUGCCCAUAGUGGGCUGGGCGGGUUACGCCCCUGACCCAACCGGAGCCACGUGUACCAUCAACUGGAGGCAGAACGAUGCCUCCUUCAUCUCCUACACCAUGACAGUGAUUGCGGUGAACUUUUUGCUCCCCCUCACCGUCAUGUUUUACUGCUACUACAACGUGUCGGUCACCGUUAAAAGAUACAAGGCCAGCAACUGUCUGGACAGCAUCAACAUCGACUGGUCRGACCAGAUGGACGUCACCAAGAUGUCCAUCGUAAUGAUCGUCAUGUUCCUGGUCGCCUGGUCUCCGUACUCCCUGGUGUGUCUCUGGGCAUCGUUCGGCGACCCAAAGACCAUCCCGGCCCCCAUGGCCAUCAUCGCCCCCCUCUUUGCCAAGUCCUCCACCUUUUACAAUCCUUGCAUCUACGUGAUCGCUAACAAGAAGUUCAGAAGAGCCAUUGUCGGGAUGAUCCAGUGUCAAACCAGGCAGCGGGUCAACAUCAGCACCCAGGUUCCUAUGACCACCUCUCAGCAGCCUCUGACCCAAUAAGGACUGGUUACUACAGAGCGACACCACGUUAAACAUUUAAAACAGGCGCUAUAUAGACCCGCUGCUGAUUUCUUUGUACUGUAGCUGUUUGUUCCGAUGAGUCCCUGAAUGCAGUGUGGUAUUUACUGUGUAAAUUCCACCUUCCUGUUGUAGUCGUCCAAUAUUUAAACAAAUACAUUUAAAAUAUUCUGAGUGUUUUUGUUUGCCAUUGUGUGCCAUUUUCUUCAAAUGAGGCUUUUGUUAAAGUGAAAGGCAAUGAUAAGUCUGUAUAUGAUCGUUUUGUUCACACUGUAAAGUGUCUCGUCACUUGACAUAUUAAUAAAACUAAGUAAUCACUGAG